GAGAAAUCAGAUGUGCGAUAUAGUUUGAAUAAUUGAUAAUAACUUGAAUGGUUCAAAGAAAGAGAAUUUGAAUCUGAUGAAGGAAGGAAGCAUUUACAACAAAAAACUCAGCAAUUGUUUAUCGAAUAGCAUCAUCAUGAACUUGGAAAUCAAUCAAAACAUCUUACCAUCCACAUCAACAUCAACAUCGACACCCGAUUUAUUAACCACCCAUCAGAUUAAUAAUACCUUAUCAAAUCCACCAUUAAAACAAUCCAAUGAACUUCAUCAAAAACAUCAUAAAUCAUCAAAACUUAAACUUAAUACAAAAUUAAAUCAUUCAUCAAUCAAAUCAAACCCACAUCACCACAAAGUACCAUCAAAUCAACUUAACAAACGUGUCAAAGUAGGAGCAAGAGCAAGCAUCGCAUGUGAAACUUGUCGUCGACGUAAAGUCAGAUGCUCUGGUCAAUAUCCGAUUUGUAGUUUUUGUGCAUCUCGUAGUUUGAAGUGUGAUUAUGAUGGUCAUCCCGAUUUGAUUAAACCAACACCAAACUCGCCAUCUAAUUCUUUUACACCUACCAACUCAACUUGUCUUUCUACUCCAUCUACAAGUUCGACUUUGAAUUCUUCAAUUUCAAAUCUCAAUCCUCUAGAUUUACCAGAUCCAGAGAUCCAACGACUAGCUGUCAAUGCCUUUUUCACUCAUUUCUCAGAUGAAAGCCUCUUUACCUUUAUCCAUCGACCAACCCUGAUUCGGCAACUGGACACUAAGACAGUUGAUCAUGAGAUCUUACUUUGUAUCCUCACUCUAGCCGGAAGGUUUUGUGAUCCGUUAAAAGCUUUACAUGCUCAUGAUUUCCAACAAACCUGUCAUUUUUAUUCUACUCAACUCUUGAAUUCGAUCCGUUCUAAUCCUGAUGUGAUUUCAUUAUCAAGAGUUCAAGUACUUCUAAUGCUUGGUUUACAUCAUUGUACACAGUAUCAGGAACAAACCGGUUGGAUGCAUAUCGGUACAGCUGUCAGAAUGGCUCAAUUGUUAAACUUGGCCCAUUUGGAUGAUGAAGAACCCUUGAUCUCGACACCUCUUACUCCCCGAUCAAGGAUCACUACUCAACAAAGAACUCAACAUGAACAAACCCUAAUCGAUCUUGAUAUCAAACGUCGAACGUUUUGGGCUUGUGUCUUACUUGAAAGAUUGUUUGGCGAUGGGAAAGAUAGACCAGCGGUGAUUAGUUUGAGAGAUGGUGAUCUGACCACUCGAUUUCCUUGUCCUGAUAAUGAAUUUAUUAUUGGAAAACAAGUGUCGACUGCUAGAUUCAGUACCAAACCUUUACCAGUUUGGGCACCUAAUUCUCAUCGAUCUGGAAUCGAAAAUGAAGAAGCAGAUCUCUUUGGUCAAACUAUGAGAAUAGCUGAAUUAUGGAAUCAAGUGAUUGGUUAUGUUGGAAAAGGUGGUAGACAUCAUGAUAGAAGAUGUCCUUGGUUACUUGAUUCAAGUUUUGGAAGACUUGAUGAACAAUUAUCAGAAUGGGAUCUUAAUUUGCCAAGUCAUUUACGUUACUCUGAGUCUAAUUUGGUGGCACAUUGUAUGAUUGGACAAGGAAAGGCUUAUGGAUUGAUGCACUUAUUGUACUUUACCUCCUUAUUGUACCUACACCGCGACUACCUACCUUUCUUGCCUCCUUUGGACUACAAUCCACGCAACGGACCGAUUGACGGUGAAAGCUUAUGGCAUCCUAAUCAGAGUGGAGUCGAAAUCGUUCCACCUAAUCCAGAUUGGUGGAAAACAUCAGCAGAUACAUGUUUUAGAUCAGCGAAUGCGGUGACGGAUAUGUUGAUUAAUCUUAGUCACCAUGCAUCUCGACUUACUAAUCCUUUUGCUGGUUAUGCGAUCUUGACUGCUGGAACGAUGCAUAUACAUCUAUGGUUUUGGCCUUUGCAUGCACCUUAUGUGAAGAAUGUGGGAGAGUAUCUCGCGUCUGAUACAAAGAUUUUGAAUGAACUGAAACAGACCUGGUCGAUCUCGCAGCAAUGGUGUCAAGCUUUGAACACACAUUACGCGUUGAAUAGUUUUAUUCACGAUAAAGAUAGUGCAACAGUGAUGGCACCACCCCUUCAUUUAGUCAGAGCAGGAUUAAUGAAAAUUAUUAAUAUCAAUGCGCAUGGAUCGAGCGAUCAAUCCACCAAAUCACCCACAGGAAUCUUAGAAUUGAUUAAAAAGACACAUGAUAUCUUUUCAGAACCAUGGCCCGAACCUAGUACGUUACCGAUCCCAAGUGAAUCUAUUAAUCAUAAACAAUCACAAGCAGAAGCCAGUGAAUUGUUUAAGGUUAGAGAUCGAUAUGAAGGUGAUAUCCGAUCACAUUUUGUACAUGAUCAAGAAAGAGAUGGUGAGAAUGUAAGAUUGGCAGAUCUGAGUCAAUUAAAUGAUUGGAAUGUGAUUAAUCUUUUGAGUGGUUGGAAUGUUGGGAUUGGAAAUCAUUCGACUGGAUUAGAUUGGGUAGAUUGAAUGGUUUGGUUUUGGAAUGGGUUUUUUUGGGUUUGAUGAUCUACUCAUCAGUGGGUUUUGUUUAGUUUUGUUCUUUUUCUUGUUUGACCGGAGGUUUUUGUUUGUAAUUUGUGAUAGCAUUUGAUUAUAAGGCAAUGUAGGGGGUUUGUUUUGCAUGAUUUAUGAUGAGGUUACUCAGUUGUAUUUGUAUUCAUGUUCGAGAAGCUGGUUUUUUGCUACCUACAACUGUUUAGUUUGAUAGAAACCAAUCCAUACAAGUUUCU